AUGAAACUGAACUACACUAAAAUAUUAUUAUUUUUCUUUCCAUUAAAUAUAUUGUUAACAUCAUAUCAUGUACAUAGUAAAAAUAAACCACACACCACACCACAUCAUACACCAACUACUACAUCACGAGUGUUAAGCGAAUGUGACACACAAUCUUCAAUUCAUGAUAAUGAUGAGGAAAUCAAUUCAGUGAAGGAAGUUUUCGAUCGACAAACCUCACAACGUUUUGAAGAAUACCAAGAACGUAUGAAAGAAAAACGACAAAAACGUAAAGAACAACGUGACAAAAAUAUACAAAAAAUUAUUCAAAAAGAUAGAAUGGAGAAAAACAUAGCAGAAAAAAUAGAAAAAGGUUGUCUUAUGUGUGGGUGUGGGCUAGGAGGUGUUGCAGGAAGUAUUGGAUUAUUUGGUGGGGUUGCUAUAAAUAUCUGGAAACCUGCGGCACUUAAGGCCGCUAUUAAAACAGCUAUAGCUAACAGUGCUGAUAAGAUUGCGGAGGCCGCUAAUUCUGCAGGUAUUCAAGCAGGUAAGGAAUUUGUUAUUGCAGGAUUAAAACGAAUGGGUAUAUCAACUCUAGGUGGUAAGGAUUUGGGAACCUAUUUUGCUACAACAUCUUAUAAAAAUAUCACAAACAUUGCUCAAGCUGUUUAUGAACAACAUUUUGAGAAAUGUGCAGAUUAUCCUUUAUGGAGUGUGCGCGUCCCUUCCAGUGCCGCUAAGCAUGAUUUUCUUUUUUGCCAGUCGGUGUCGAACCAAAUUCCAUCUGUAUCACAACCAAAACAAUAUAUUUCACGUAUAGAUGUUGUACAAAAAACUGUACAAAAUAUUGUUACAAAAGCCGAAGGGGUUGCUGCCGACGCUAGUGCUGUUAAAAGUGCCGAGUUAACUGCUGAAAUCACAAAAGAACAGACUACGGCGAUAAAUACUAUAUUUAUGAGUAAGCAGACAGCUAUUAUUGCUUCUGUUGUUGCAAUAUUGAUUAUAGUUUUAAUUAUGGUAAUUAUUUAUUUAAUUUUACGUUAUCGACGAAAAAAAAAAAUGAAGAAAAAAGCCCAAUACACAAAAUUAUUAAAUGAAUAA